CACACAGGAAAAAAGAGGCCCAGUCUACUGACCUCCGGAGGAUAUCGCGGCAAAGGAAAACGAAGCCGAGGCCAGGGACGAGCCAGCGAUAAGGCACUGACAUGGCCGCCACGGCGUACUCCACGGCGCUUCUCGGCGGAGCGCGCCUCCCCGCCGUCGGCGCCGCCGUGCCGCCCUCCGUCCUCCUCUCGCGGCGCAACCUGCCCCCUCUCCGCCUCCAAGAUGCGCCGAGGUUGUCUCUGCUCAGGGUGAGGGCCUCCUCCGACGACACCUCGACCUCGGCCGCGAGCGGCGACGAGCUCAUCGAGGACCUGAAAGCCAAGUGGGACGCCGUUGAGAACAAGAGCACCGUCCUCACGUACGCCGGCGGCGCCAUCGUCGCUGUCUGGCUGUCUUCCGUCAUCGUCGGCGCCGUCAACUCCGUGCCCCUGCUUCCAAAGCUCAUGGAGCUUGUUGGACUCGGGUACACCGGAUGGUUCGUCUACCGCUACCUUCUCUUCAAGGAAAGCAGGAAAGAGUUGGCCAACGACAUCGAGUCGAUCAAGAAAAGGAUAGCUGGGACAGAGUAAAAUGUAGUUCUCUUGAAAUUUUAUUGGACGAUUCUUUGGAGAACACAUUACCUGUUGUCUAGAGUACCACUGUUGUUGCCUUUGUAUUUUACAUAUCAUGUGACCCUGUUUGCCAGGAAGCUCUUAUUGUGUUCUUUCCUCAGAUGGAGAAUAACGGCGUACAAACUGUGUGCCCUCAGGGUAUCACUUUUUUCGUCGCUUCAUUUUACAAUCAAAUGGAUGCGUCUAUGUUUAGUUUCGAUUUCA